AUGUCAAACUAUCCAUUUCAAUUACAUCUCAACAACACCAAUGAACCUUUAACUAAUCAAUUAAAAAAUCAAAUCAACUAUUAUCCAUAUAGUAGAAUCAAUUUCUCAUAUCAGAGACUCGAAGAAGGUCGUCUACUGCCUUUCAGAAAUGUGGGUGGUGACUCUUUGUCAAGAUUAUCGUACACCAACGAAAAAGUAAAUGAUGCAAACUUAAUUUAUGGCUUGGAUUAUGACAAUAAUUCAACGCCUCUGAGCCUUUUGUUGAUAAAGAUUUUUGUCGUCAUAAUCUGGAUGAUGUUAUUCUAUUGGAUCAUUGCAUUCGGCGGCUUGAGUAUAUGA